CACCGACAAACCGAGCGACGCGGAACACGCGGGGCGGCCGACGGUUGCCAGGGCGUCCGUUUGUUUGUGAAAACGGUCAAUGACGCUAACAACGUUGUCGUGGGGAAUAAGGCACGGAACGCGGCCACCGGAGAAAUCCCAAUGUAAACAACAUUACGCCGUCGACCCGUUACCGCGUGACGGUCGUGUCUGUUGUUAUUGGUCACCCUCCCACCGCCCCCUCCGCCACGCGGUAAUUUCUCAACAGUAUCGAUACGCGUUUCGGCGGCCGGCCGGUACUCGUGUGCCUCUCUGCCCGUCUGUAAAUACGAAUCCGCGUGGUACCAGAGUAAAAUUGCCGUCGCGGAUCGCGGCCAGCCCCGCAAACCGCCGGCAAUCGCGUUGCCGGACAAAUGUAUUCGAAUUAAAAGUCGGUAGAGAACAGAAAUAAAAAUAACCACCGCGCUCCUGUCAAAUUAACUCGUAAGUAACGCGCCGCGACGCACGGUUGAAACGAACGACAAUCGCGCGAACCGGAACGUGUCUCGUAGGAGACUCCGUUCUGAGCGCGGUGGUCGAAGUCGGUCACGAACGCCGCACGAUUCCUAAAACGGUUUGUUUUGGCACCAAUUGACAUGCCGCGCUCGGAACUCCCGGGGGUGUGUUUUUCUCUCGGUUCGAUUGAUACGCGAAUAUAAACGCAUGGUAAUCGGUUACGGUUUCCACGCGACGGCCGUAAUACAUUUCCGAGUUGCCGUCCCCGGAGAAAACCCUCGUCGUCGAAAACAAAAAGCAAAACGGACGUCUUCGCGUACAAUCUACGCGCUUGACGAUCGGAUUCGUCGGCUUGUCGCACCAAUCGACGAGAAUUUUUUUUAUCUCUAUAGGAAUACGCGGUGGGGGGGGGGAAGGGAAAUGGAGACGUCUGAUUGUUGCGUGGUCGUCUUCGUAUUAUAGACGAUAACAGUAAAUGGGUCUCGCUGUAAAAAAUUGCGCACGAUGGGCGUGUAGCAGUUUGUCGUUUCCGAUGAAAAUCGUCAAUAACGCUGAACAAUUGUAAAUAUUUUCGGUUUUUUUUUUUUUAUUUUGACCGUGACUGCGAAAACUGCACGGUCAAACCGCGAACCACGAUGAGUGCGCACUACAACUCGCCGUUCGCGUUUUUCGCCCGAGUCGCGCGCCAUUUUAAAAUAUUGCAGCCGGUUACUUUUCCAAUAAUAGGUUCAGAUUCAAAUCAUUUUUGCUUGAUAAAAAGAAAAAAAAUUUACCCGGCUUUUACGAUUUGUCAUUACUGGAAAUGAAAAGUUCUGUUUGUUUUAGUAUCUAUAUAGAAUUACGGUAAUCUUUUAGAAUUCUGAACGGAGUAACGAAAGUAUCGGUUUUACAACGAUGGUUAUUUUAAUUUUGUAAUUUAUUUCUGUGAACGACUUUUCUACCGGAAAAUUUUAUUCCGACUGUCGAGUAUAGCGUUUUUCCGGAAAGAAAUUUAACUGGGCCGACGCUCUAAGGAUUUUUUUUUUUUUAUAAUAAACGGAAAAAAAAUGUACAUGUACGAAAUGCAUUAUUUUCAAAUCGUAAAUAUUACGGCGUUUCAAAACGAGUUUAGGGAAAAAAGCGAUAUAUUUAUUAUUUUAAUACUACGUAUUAUACGGUACCAUAUAAUAGGUACCUACGCCAUAUUUCAAUACCGCCGACUGCCGUAUUAUCAGAAAAUAGUUUCAACGUUUUCACAACAAUAAUGAUUGGAGCAAGUCACCGGAAACUACAGUCCGUAAUCGAAUGUAACAAAAAUGACUACUGCUGUAGUGUAAAUAUUAAAAUUCGGUGUACCUACUGUAUGGCACUAUAUAAAACGUAGUACCAACCAAUAAUAUGUGUAAUAUGCAAAAUAAAUCUAUUGCUUUUAUUUUUCCUAAUCCCUUUCAAAACACGUGUAACCGAAUUCUGCUAAAAUUGUUUUUUUGCCAACAAAGAUUAGUUGUUACGUAUAGAUAUAGAAUACGUUCAAUUUCCCUCAUUUCCCUCCUUCCUAUCUUCCCAACUUCUCACCUACAACAGUGGCUGCUCCCGUCCGCGUCGUGCUAGGACAUCUUUUGUUGUUGUGAUUCGGUUGAAAAUAAUCAUGAAGACCUGACAUUUUCGGAGAAUAUAUUUUAUAAUUGCGUUUUCUAUGCGUCGACAUAUAACAUAUUAUGGCGAUUUUUGAACUAACUAUUUAUAGACAUUUGAAAUUUUCUAGAUUUCAUUAGUUUUAAGUUUUGUGUGAACCAUGUCCGUAUUUUUUUUAUAAUUUAUCCUAAGAUAUUUGAGGUAUGAUUUUUGAAAAUACCCAUUUUAGGAAGUGUUCAACCCGUUUUUUGGACAGGGAAAUGAAAGUUUAAAAACUAAAGGUUAAUUCCAUUCCACCUGUAUUUAUUUUUUUCCAUAGUACUACUAUUAAGAUAAAAUGGCAGACAGUGUCCCGGUCUCAGAUGUCGUGUGCGUGGACGAUAUGGGCAAAGCCAGAGUUAUGGAACCAGUGCUGGCCGAUAAGGUGUCUGAUCUGAAAGAUCAAUGUGCUGAAUUUUUGGAAGGUAUUAACAAUAAUAUAAUGGUUAGGUUAGAUUUAAUGUUAGGUUUAUAUAUGCAGACAUUGAACUCUAUCGAAAUGCAGUGGACAAUUUUAUCGGUGUCUUGGACAAUUUAGCCACACAAAUUGAAAGGGAGAAACGUGACGCGAUCAUAGUGUCAAACGAACUGGCGUCGCUGCCCAUACGAACCGAACAACAAAUGGCCACGUUACGGGUGAGCACUAUAAUUGAUAUUGAAAACUAAUAAUAGUUAUUAAUUGAUAAAUCAACUGAUGAUAAUAACGGUCAUCAUAUAGUCGCAGAUAGAACAGAAAACUGUAGAGCUAGACCGCUACAGAAUUGAACACAGGACGUUGCAAAAAAUUGAAUCGGAACAGACGGAUUUGAUAAAUCGCUUGUCUUUCCAGAAUUAAGAAGAAUGAUUAUUUCACAACAUUUAUAGUUCAGCAAAAUAAAUUUGUAAAUAAAAUAUUAUAAUACAAUUUUUGUUGUUUUUAUUGUUAAAAUGAUUAAUCAAUCGGUUCUUAACUAUAAUAAUAAUAAUAAUAAUAAAAAAUAAUUCUAAAAAAUAAUUAUGGUAAAUGCAUUUUUCAUAUAAUAAAUAAAAAUAUAUAUUUAUAUUAUUAUUAUUAUAUAUAUAUAUAUAUUUUAAUAUUGGUGUUUUUAAUAUCAGUACGCGAUUUUCACAAAACGACCCUUUGAACACGGGUACACAGAUUAUAUAUUAUAGGUAUUAAUAUAAAAUAAAAUAUUAUUUAUUUUUAUCUACACACGCGCGCGAUUCUGUAUAAAAUUGUAACAAUACAAAAAGAAAAAAUAUAUAUAAUAAAAUAAAAAUACAAAUUAGGGAAUGUAACAUUUGGACGUGUAUUUUUUUUUUUUUUUUUUUUUUUUUUUUUUUUUUUAUUAAUAUUAUAUAAAUAUAAAAAAUGUAAAUGGCAUUAAUAAUAUUUAUUUUAUGUAUGGUUAAUGAUUCAUGAUUAAUAUAAUAUAAAUAAUAAUUGUUGUUAGAUAAGAAAUAAUUAUUUUUGUACAAACACAAAACUAAAAAAAAAAAAAAUUACAUUGAAUAAUAUAAUAAUUAUAAAUAAAUAAUAAAUAAUAACCAUAUUUUUUUUCAAAAUUAUUAUUAUAAAAAGUUUUUGUUUUAAAAAAAAUAAUAUUUUACGUUUAUGGUAUAUUUUGAAUGCGGUCAGGUUAAGUAUAAUAAGCACAAUAUUCGUAAUAGUAAUGGAUCAUCAAAUUUUUAUCAAGCAGUAAAUAAAUACAAAAGUAGUAAUUCAUUUCCCCUGAGUUUUUAGGUUAAUAAUAAAAAAUUCGGUUCAUUUUUUUUUUGAGCCAUAUUUAUCACACAACUCUUUACAAUUGCGGUUUUAUUUAUUUUUUUUGUCAUGGACCUGAAAA